AUCAUGGCGAUGAAGAAUUGAUCGAUGGCUUCAACUCACCUCAACUCGACUCCAGUCAAGUCUAUCAAAUUCGGGCAGUAAAUCAAACCGAAAAUGUAUCCAUUCAGCUCUCAACUUUUAAGGGCACAUUAUGCGGCCACAGGAUGGGAACAAGAUAACGAAUAUUCUCAGCUUACUCAACCUACACGAGCUUUGCUGGAUCUUAAUUUUGUUCCAGGAUUGAAUUUCUCAUUAGGAAAAUCGCCUGUUUCUCAAUUCGCCAACUCAGCUUCUUUGUCGGUUCUUAGUCCACUUUCAGUCAUUACCACUUAUAAUACGCCGGAUCAUAUUCAUCAUUCACCUACUUUAACUGGCAGUAUCUCUUAUAUUUGUUCUGGUUUACAAUCUUUUAAAGUCAUUCCAAGUAAAUUAGCUUCACUUAGUACUUUUGUGGAAAGUUUUAAUGUACCGGCUCCGCCUUAUUAUCUUGAAGAUGCCCAAAUGCUUCGUAAUUUCAAAGGCUCUGCCAAAAAAUAUGAUCUUGGAAAAGAUUAUUUAAUGUAUGGUAGAUUACAUUUACCUACUUAUCGACUAGAUGGAUUAUACACCAAACGAAUCUCACCAUCACUUCAAGCAUUAAUAACAUUAGUGUCAAUUCCUACCAAUACACCAUUUUCAACACAUUUACCAUCAGCUUCCGAUUCGAUUUCAUCCAACUCAGUCACACCUUUUUGGAAUCUAAUGAUCGGAAUUAAUCAUCAUACAAAAAAAUGGUCACAGCAAUAUAGUUAUUCUACUGAUGAUGGGUUAUUUGGUGCAAGAGUCUUACAUAAUUUUCCAAUUAGUAGUAAUAAAAGAAACUUUACGACUAAUUCUACAAGUUCGUUUGGAACUCAAGAUGAUAGGAAAAGAUUGGUUGAUGAAGAAGAAGUUAUGGAUAAUGUUCUCAAAGGUCGUUUCUCGGCUGGUGCUGAGAUUUAUUUCUCACCUAAAGGUAAAUCUGCUGGAGUUUCUACUGGGGUUAGAUUUUGUACUAUUCCAGAUCCACCUGGUGUAGCAAUGACUCAACAACCAACUGUGAUCACUGCUACUCUUAAUCCAAUCAUGGGUCAAAUCAGUAGUAGUUACGGUACUAAAGUGGGUCGUAACGUGGCUUUGGCAACUAGAUUCGAUUUCAAUGUAUUUUCUUUUGAGUCAGAUAUCACUUUUGGGGGCGAAUGGCUUCAAAGACCUUCCAGUUCAAAGAUUGCUUGUCUUCCGGAAGGAAUUUCAAAUUCUGAUUUCCUUGAUGCUGAGCAACAAUUUCAACAGCAGUUUGAUUCUUCUAAGAGUUCAGCUGUGAAAGAUAUAAGUGGGUUGACUUCUUCAUUUUGGAAGACUGUUAAAGGUGAUGGAAAUACUUCAAGUAUGCUGAAAGCGAGGUUUUCACCCGUGACUGGGUUCACUGUUAUGUGGGAAGGUAAAUGGCAAGAAUGUUUGAUUGGAUUAGGUUUAAAUUCUGAAUUUUUAGUGCCUCGUUCUAGUUCUCACAGAGCUGGACUUGAUUGUUUACAACCUGUUAUUAAAGGUGUCUUUUUAGAACUUCAAUAUAACACUACUUCGAUUUGAACUGAGAGGAAUUUUGAACGAUAUUACGCUCUGUAAAAGACGAUACUUACUUACGGGUUCAGCUCAAGUCAAAAUUUUAGGAAGCUGUUAUGCUUCUGAUCCACAUCUGUGAGUAGAACAUUGAGUGGAUGGAUUACUGGAUAACAAGAUAUGCUCAUGAUGUUAAAUAACCUUUAAACUACUUUCUCGUGAAAAUGUGGAGAUAUGAGUACAUUAGAUGAUCAGGACAAGUACAAGCGAUGAAGUAGCGGCAAAUGAUAAAAAGCUGGAAUGAAAUGCAUUAGAAAUACAAGAU